CCAGUCAUGCAAAUUGAGCAAAAGUAUAAAUGAGUGAGAUGCAACAGAUGCAGAAACAUCUCUUCCAUUGCAGCUGUUUGAAGAAUCUCAAGUAGCUUCAAAAUUGAGAAGAUGGGAACACUUUUCAUCUUGGUGGGUCUGAUCUACCACUGUGGUCUCUCUUUUACUCAAGCAUGUAGAUCAGACCUUCUAAAGGACACUAAUUUCCCAGGAAAUGACAUAACAGUUCUCCACUCACCUGAUGCUGAGCAUUGUCAACUGCUGUGCACCCAACACCCCUAUUGUCAUUUCUUUUCCUUCGUUCAACCGGACUCGACCACAGAUAGAAGGUACUACAAAUGCUACCUCAAGUCCACUCCCUUGAAACAGCCCAAAGUUCGGAUUUCACAGCAGGGUAUCACCUCUGGCUUUUCUCUCAAAACCUGUCACCCAGACCCAAGACCUUGUCUGCCCCAUGUGUACGACAAGGUGGACUUCCCAUUUGCAGACUACCGAACAUUGUUCACAGCCGACUAUCAGGAAUGUCAAAGAGCCUGCACACAUGACCCUGGUUGUCAGUUCUUUGCUUUUAUUAAGACCAGCUAUAAGUGCUGGCUGAAAACCACCUGGACAGUACCAACGAUUGCCCUGGUAAAGGCAAAGCCUGGGGAUAUAUCUGGAUUCUCACACAGGAUUCAAACAUCUGAAUACUUUGAAACAGCAUGUCAGGGCAAACUCUUUCCAAGGACUGACAUCCCAGGACAUGACAUUGUGGUACUGCCUGCUGCCUCUCCUGAACACUGUCAGACACUGUGCACGGCUCAUCCACUCUGCACCUACUUCUCUUAUGUCAGUCAUCAAUUUAGAUGUUACCUGAAGAAAAAUGAAGCUGUAAUGGCACGCAGACCUCAUGGAGAUAUCACAUCUGGGCUACCAGCACGCUUCUGUCAGCUGGAUAACAGCUGGAUUAAGAAGACCUAUGCAGGAGUAGAUUUUCAAGGUUCCGACCUUCGCUCUCUUCUGGUGAAUGAUGUUGAGACGUGCCAGAGAACCUGCACUGCUGAUCCUAACUGCCAGUUCUACACCUUCAGCACCAACAGCAGUCCUUUGAGGCGCCGCUGCUAUCUGAAGCGUUCCAUCACCAUGCCGGCUCCUCCAAGAAUUAACAAAAAUGACAACAAUGUGUCUGGUUUCUCCCUGAGAAACUGCCAAUAUAAAAUUGCUUGAAUCCAACUGUUUCAAUAAACAGGCAUUGAAAUAAACAUAAACAUAUCAAUGUACUUCAUGUACUAUGUAAUCCAAUAAAAAAUUUCAGCAGCAUACAAACUGUAAAUGACUACUUACAUGUAACAUGUUUUCUCACUUCAUUGUGUUAAACUAUUUUUCUUUCCCCUCCUUCAAAUACAGAUU